AAUAAAAAGGCCAGGAGCGAGGAUUCAACAAAACGACAUCGUUUAUUUUUGUUUUGGCGUUGGCAGCGUCUUCAGCUGAUUCUCCCUGAAAGACGUUAAAUUAUCCCUCUUCCAAGCACAACCCAAACUCUAGUUUCAACGGAUAUAAUUCUAUAUAGCUUUUCUGUUUCCAAUGGCAACGACCUCUAAUGGGCUCAACGGCUCAGGUAAUGUAAAUGAAAAGGAGGGAACACUGAACGAGUCUGUGAAAGAAGAUGUUAUGGCUAUGAAUUCAGAGCCCCAUCAUGAAGAUACUGAGGCGAAAGAAAGAGUGGAAGCAAUGUGGGAGCAAAUGAAUAAGGGAAUACCUAAGAAUGUUCUCAGACAAUUUUCAAGCAAUAAUUCCUCAGCCUUAAACAAAGCUUCACCCAAAGCUUCCAAUAAUUGGAUGAAGUAUCUGCAAUUGAGACCACCAAAGACUGCAGGGUCUCCUGGGCAAGACAGACAGACAGACGAGAAGGCUCGAAGUGCUGUGCAGAAUGGAACAAGUCAUAAGGCUCGGUUAGCGCAAGUAGAUAAAGGAAUAUCUAAUGCUACCCUCAAAUCAGUUUUAAAGGAAGAUAAUUCAACUGGGGAUACUAAAUUUUCUCAGAAGAUGUCUAAUAAUUGGAUGAUGCAUCUGGGCAUGCCAUCAAAUAAAACUGAAGCCCUUAGCAAAGAUAAACCACUGAAGGAACCUACUGUGAUGCAGAACAGCAUCAGUGAUGAGGCAAAGAAGCUUGCAGCUGCUGCCCUCGCAGCAGUGAAGGAUGCUGCAGCAGCUGCAGCGGCUGCGUCAAAUAGAGGGAAAAUUGAGAUAACUGAGGUUCGAGACUUUGCUGGUCAAGAAAUUGAAAUAAAAAAGUGUAUUGAUGCUGAUUCAAAAGAGGCAGCUGAAAAGGCAAAAGCUCAUGCACCUUCUGCUGUAGAUGCUGUUCUUGAACAAAUCAAGAAGAAGCCAAAACUCAGCGUGCUUGAUAAGACGAAAAAAGAUUGGGGAGAAUUCAAGGAAGAAAAUAAGGGGAUGGAGGAAGAGUUGGAUGCUUACAAGAAGAGCUCAAACCAGUAUCUGGAUAAGGUUUCUUUCUUGCAGCGGGCUGAUUAUCGGGAAUUUGAGAGGGAGAGAGAUGCAAGGCUUGCUCUACAGGCUAGGAGGAGACCUGACAUGCGGGAGGAGCCAUGACUAUAUACAUUCCUAAGUUGCUUUUAAUUGCAUCAUCGUGCGAGCUGCAGCAUGAAAGACCCAGAGUUGUUGAGAAUAGAGUAGGGGCCUUUUUUCCCAUUACUAGGAUGGAAGGCCCUUUAGCAAAUACAUUUCGGACUCUUCCUCUGUGUUUAAAAUGCGAGUUAUAUUAAAUCUUUUUGAGGUUGCUUGUCUUGUAUAAAUCUACUGGACGUCAUGUGUCUUUCAGGAAAGAACAUCACUGAAGGGGAAGCCAGUUAACAUGCCAGCAAGGUUUCAUGCGCACAUUAGCUUACUACAUGAUAAAUCAGUGAUAUUUGCUAAUAUAAAAUGCCAGUGCUUUUUUGUUCUUUAA